UUCAGACAGCGGGUCUUCUGCCGAGACUCAUCACCGCACGUGCAUUCCACGUGCCAAGGGUGCUGGCUCCUGUGGAACUCCACGAGUGACGGAGUGAGGGACAACUCUCGACCGCGACUGGACGCGACGGAAGAUGGGGAAGCGCGGGAAGAAGCAAAGAGACAAUCACAGACCCCGCCGACUUCUCCCUCGAGACGACGAAGACGGCGCCGACUCCUUACCCUCCUCUGCCUACGACCUCCAUUCCCAUCAACAGCAAGAAGAAGCCGACGCCGGAUUUAAAGAAGACGCCGGAGACGAAGACGAAGGCGAAGGCGAAGGCGACAGGGAAGAGGAGGAGCAAUGGCGCGUCGAAGGAUCCCCAUCGAAGUUCCAUCUCUACCAGAUAUCGGUUCAGUCGCCGAAAGGGGACAUUAGCUAUUUGCAGAAGUUCUUUUUGAUGUACGUCGGGGGGAGAUUCCCGCUGCACUUGCAAGAGGAUUUCUGCGGCACCGCGCUUCUCAGUGUUGAAUGGCUGCGGAGUGACCCAAGAAGAACAGCAGUGGGUCUAGAUUUGGAUCUCGAGGCACUAAACUGGUGCCUCGAAAAUAAUGUAGUGAAAGUUGGGGCCGAUGGAUAUUCGCGAAUAAAUCUUUUUCAUGGUAAUGUUUUGCAGCCAAGUAGAGCCUGCCUAGUUAAGCAUAAAGUCGAAGAUCUCGUGAACGGUGUAAUUUUAGACGAGAAAGAUGAUUUGUCUAAAUUUGUAGAUCUUGCUGCGCCAACAAACUCAACCAGUGCAACUAUAGUAGGGGCUGUGUUGCCCAAUAGAGACAUUGUAUGUGCAUUCAACUACAGCUGUUGUUGCCUCCAAAAACGUAGAGACUUAGUUUUGUACUUCAAGCAUGCUUUAGAAGCCUUGUCUAAGAAUGGUGGCAUAUUUGUUAUGGAUUUAUAUGGAGGUACGUCCUCAGAACGCAAGCUACGUCUCCAGAGGAGAUUCUCCAACUUUACUUAUAUUUGGGAACAAGCGGAGUUUGAUGUAGUACAUCGUCGAACAAGAAUAAGUCUUCAUUUUCAUCUGGGAAGGAAGAAGGCACUACGGCAUGCAUUCUCAUAUGAUUGGCGCUUAUGGUCAUUACCAGAAAUCAAGGACUGUUUAGAGGAGGCCGGAUUCAAAUCCAUACAUAUCUGGAUAAGGAAGAUGCCAAACACACAGGAAGUUGAAAAUACAGAAGAAUAUAAUGCUGGCGCCGACAUCAAGUAUGAAGAAUUUUCAUCUUUCCAACAGCAAGAUGCGUGGAAUGCAUACAUAGUUGGCAUAGCAAAUGUCUAGUUGGUUGGUUGUCAAAGGUACAAUAACCUCAACUGGUUUCACAUGUGCAUCAUUCAGAUUUAAUGGUGAUCUUUUUUUUUUUUUUUUUUUUUUUUUUUUUUUUUUUUUUUUUUUCUUUUUAGUUCUACAGAAAUUGACAAUUUGCUAGAAAUGCUCCUCCAUAUACAGCCUAGCAAUGAAUGAAUAAGAUACUUUUUGGAUUUAGUUUCUAAUAAACUUUGUGCAUUUUUGAAUUUUCA